ACGGGGCCCAAAUUUGCCCUAAACUUUGCCCUAGAAGUAAAAAGAAAGCGACAUUAGGGUUCUUGGAGGGAGGAUGGAUGUGCUCAAGGAUCCCUUCCGCGAUCUCAAGGAAGUGCUGCUCAGGGCGAAAUCGCUGCCGCCAUACACCAAGAAGGAUGUGGAUACGUUCAUCGCCUCGGAUCCAGUCUACGGGCCUCAGCUCCGAAAGAUGAAUGACGCGAAGCUAUUCUGCUACGCCGGCACUGCCGGAGGCGCUGUUGGAACUGGAUUCAUGUCUCACGCGCUCGGCAAGCAACCACGAAUCACUGCAAUGGCGAUUCUUGGAGGGGGAUUCGUCGGCAUGGCGCUGGGAGGCGAGCUAGCAAACUUCGCGCUGGGUCUUUACAAAUUCAAGCGAACGGAGCCAAAGAAGAAGUUCCUCGAUUGGUGGGAGAAGCAAAACCGAUGAGAGGCAUCGGAGCUCCAAUAAGUUUCUUCGCGUACUUUGUAGGAUCUCGCGAGUUAGAACAUAAGCUGCGCCAUUGCUCUCGUCCAGCUCGAUCAUUUCGCUCUCGUGGACAGUGCUGCCACUGCUGGGACCUCGGAUCAAACAGGUGAAAUCCUGGAUCUUUGGAACAAAAGGCAUGGUCUGGACGAGUUCUUUGGCU